UGCGUGGUAGGUGGUGAAGUGAGUGGUUCUACCUCUACCAACACCAACUUAAAAGCAGGGGUUGGCGAAAGACAGUGACACUUUUACAGUACUAAAAUAAACUCAUCUUUGUCUGAUUAAAAGUCAGUAAAUCACACCUAACUUCUUGGGAUCAUUUCUGUUACUAUAAAGCAGUGAGCAACACAAGAACAAGAACCUGCGACCACUUUUGUCUGAGCAGAGCAGAAGAUCAUGAAGGUGAUAGACAAGAUCCAGUCCCUAGCCAAUGAAGGCAAAACAGCCUUCUCCUUCGAGUUCUUCCCUCCCAAGACAGACGAGGGAGUAGACAACCUCUUCGAGCGUAUGGACCGUAUGGUCGCUUACGGUCCCACUUUCUGCGACAUCACUUGGGGAGCUGGUGGAUCUACUGCUGAUCUCACGCUUGACAUAGCUUCCAGGAUGCAGAACGUUGUCUGUGUUGAGAGCAUGAUGCAUCUCACCUGCACUAACAUGCCUGUGGAGAAGAUAGACCACGCGCUUGAGACUAUUAAGGGUAAUGGGAUUCAGAAUGUUCUUGCUCUUAGAGGUGAUCCUCCUCAUGGUCAUGAUAAGUUCGUGAAAGUUGAAGGAGGGUUUGGUUGUGCUUUGGAUCUUGUGAAUCAUGUUAGGAGUAAGUAUGGUGAUUACUUUGGGAUCACUGUUGCUGGUUAUCCUGGUAUGAUCACACCCUCUCACUCUCAUCUUUGUGUGAUUGAUAUGUGUUGA